CAGCAGGAUGGGUGAUGCAGAGAGCUGCCUGUUCAGACAACAGACACGCGAGGUCAGGGAGAAGCCGCUUAUAAAUUACCGCUUCCUCCGCGCCGUCGCCAGCGUCGUGCUCCGGGACCUGUCUGCAGCCGAACUCCCGUGCCCGGCAGCCAACGUCGCGAUCGUCGCCAGCCCUGCCAACCCUGUGCCAACCGCCGUGGGCUUAGCCACCCAGGUGCAGAGCCAGCGCCACAGCCUCUUCAGAGGAGCCUCUCAAGCCCAAGCAGUAGCUGGUGUUAGGCACCAUCUUGUAGCCCUGGAAGCCGCUGCCACCGCCACCCGCUGCACCAACGUCCGUCAGCCUGACAGAGUUAGAUAUGAGUCCCGUGCACCCAGAAAACGAGGAAAUGGCCACCAAGGAGAAGCUGCAGUGUCUGAAAGACUUCCACAAAGACAUCCUAAAGCCUUCUCCAGGGAAGAGCCCAGGCACACGGCCUGAGGAUGAGGCUGAGGGGAAGCCCCCUCAGAGGGAGAAGUGGUCCAGCAAGAUCGACUUUGUGCUGUCUGUGGCCGGAGGCUUCGUGGGUUUGGGCAACGUCUGGCGUUUCCCGUACCUCUGCUACAAGAAUGGUGGAGGUGCAUUCCUCAUACCGUAUUUUAUUUUCCUGUUUGGGAGCGGCCUGCCUGUGUUUUUCCUGGAGGUCAUCAUAGGCCAGUACACCUCAGAAGGGGGCAUCACCUGCUGGGAGAAGAUCUGCCCAUUGUUCUCUGGCAUUGGCUACGCGUCCAUCGUCAUCGUGUCCCUCCUGAAUGUGUACUACAUUGUCAUCCUGGCCUGGGCCACAUACUACCUAUUCCACUCCUUCCAGAGGGAGCUUCCCUGGGCACACUGCAACCACAGCUGGAACACACCGCACUGCAUGGAGGACACCCUGCGUAGGAACGAGAGUCACGUCAUCUCCCUUAGCGCCUCCAACUUCACCUCACCUGUCAUCGAGUUCUGGGAGCGCAAUGUGCUCAGCUUGUCCUCCGGAAUUGACGAUCCAGGCGCUCUGAAGUGGGACCUCGCACUCUGCCUCCUCCUCGUCUGGCUCGUCUGCUUUUUCUGCAUCUGGAAGGGUGUUCGAUCCACAGGCAAGGUUGUCUACUUCACUGCCACUUUCCCAUUUGCCAUGCUGCUGGUGCUUCUGGUCCGUGGACUGACCCUGCCAGGUGCUGGUGAAGGCAUCAAGUUCUACCUGUACCCUGACAUCAGCCGCCUCGAGGACCCACAGGUAUGGAUCGACGCUGGAACCCAGAUAUUCUUUUCCUAUGCCAUCUGCCUGGGGGCCAUGACCUCACUGGGAAGCUAUAACAAGUACAAGUAUAACUCGUACAGGGACUGUAUGCUGCUGGGAUGCCUGAACAGUGGUACCAGUUUUGUGUCUGGCUUCGCAAUUUUUUCCAUCCUGGGCUUCAUGGCACAAGAGCAAGGGGUGGACAUUGCUGAUGUGGCUGAGUCAGGUCCUGGCUUGGCCUUCAUUGCCUACCCAAAAGCUGUGACCAUGAUGCCGCUGCCCACCUUUUGGUCCAUUCUGUUUUUUAUUAUGCUCCUCUUGCUUGGACUGGACAGCCAGUUUGUUGAAGUCGAAGGACAGAUCACAUCCUUGGUUGAUCUUUACCCGUCCUUCCUAAGGAAGGGUUAUCGUCGAGAAAUCUUCAUCGCCAUCGUGUGUAGCAUCAGCUACCUGCUGGGGCUGACGAUGAUGACAGAGGGUGGCAUGUAUGUGUUUCAACUCUUUGACUACUAUGCAGCUAGUGGUGUAUGCCUUUUGUGGGUUGCAUUCUUUGAAUGUGUUGUUAUUGCCUGGAUAUAUGGCGGUGAUAACUUAUAUGAUGGUAUUGAGGACAUGAUCGGCUAUCGGCCCGGGCCCUGGAUGAAGUACAGCUGGGCUGUCAUCACUCCAGCUCUCUGUGCUGGAUGUUUCAUCUUCUCUCUUGUUAAGUAUGUACCCCUGACCUACAACAAAUCCUACGUGUACCCUGAUUGGGCAAUUGGGCUGGGCUGGAGCCUGGCCCUUUCCUCCAUGGUGUCUAUCCCCUUGGUCAUUGUCAUCCUCCUCUGCCGGACGGAGGGACCGCUCAGCGUGAGAAUCAAAUACCUGAUGACCCCCAGGGAGCCCAACCGCUGGGCUGUGGAGCGCGAGGGGGCCACACCCUUCCACUCCCGCUCGACCCUCAUGAACGGCGCACUCAUGAAGCCCAGUCAUGUCAUUGUGGAGACCAUGAUGUGAGGUCCGGGCCACGUGACAGGCGCCGCUUUCCUGCUGUUUACUAACGUUAGAUUCUCAUAGGACCAGGUUUACAGAGCUUUAUAUUUGUACUAGGAUUUUUUUUUUUAAUUGUCACAGAAAAUGUUACUCUAUGUGUGUGUGUGAGUAUGUGUGUGAGUGUGUGUGUGUGUGUGUACCAUGUGUGUAUCUGUAUAUGUGUAUUUUGUUUUGGUUUGGGGGAUAUUUUGUAUAAAAAGAAAACCCAUGGGCCUAUGUCCUGGGGGAGAGGAUGGACUUUCAUAUUAAUUUCGAUGUAUUUUAUGGGAACUUGGUAAAAUUUUCUUUGUAUUUUUUUUUUAACAUAUAACUAUAUAUACUUAGAGUCUGUCAUACACUUUACCACUUGAAUUGGUCUUGCCAGCAAUGGAUCUGUUUUUCAAAAGCAAUUCUUCGGUGCUUAUAUAGCUGGCAGAAAGCUCUGCCCAAAAACAAACAAAAAAGAGAAAAAAAAAAGUGCUGGGUAGAAUGUUCCUACGGUGGUGGACACAUCUUCAUGAAAGGUAUAGUCCCUUCUGAGCUGGUUCAGGAGGAAGAAGACAGCUGAGGAGAGGGAGCUCCCACUAGCUGAACAGACCCGAGGGGCAGGAGAGAGCAGGCUUGUGGGGAGACCCCUCCUUCUUUCUCAGCCAACAAGAUGCCAAAA